AUGACGCAGUUGAGUGCCACUGCCAACGUAGAUCCGAGGUCGAGAGCCCAGCUUUUCGAGAACAAUGAGAAUGACGAUCGAGAACGGCUUACCUGCUCCUUGGACAACUGGGAACCAACGCCCGUCUUGUCAACAGGACAACCUCACGCCGCAUCGCCAUCGUCAUCGCCAUCGUCAUCGCCAUCGUCAUCGCCAUCGUCAUCGCCAUCGCCAUCCGCAUCCCCUUCCGCACCCCCCUCCGCAUCCCCUUCCGCACCCCCCUCCGCACUGCCGAGCACAACCUUGACACCGCCGCAGCACAGGUCAUCCGAACUGCUCAGGGGGGUCCUGAACGGCCCCGGAACCGUCGAGGAGUGGCGCCGAGCCUUUUGGGCAGAGCUCGGCGGCCGCGCGGGCCUCAUGGCCUUGGGGUGGCUUCGGCGACUACAGUGGCUAAACGCCUCCGAGCAGGCUCGUUCUGAUGCAGAAGGGAACUUACCGAGGAAGUUAAGGGUGGCGAAGAAGAAGGAAGUUGAGCGUCGAAGUUGGGGCUUUGUGGUUGCACAAGGAAAUCCUGGAACAAGCGUCGGCUUUGUGCGAGAGCGUUUCCAACUAAGCGACAUUGCUUUGGCCCAGCUUUAUCAUGGAAUUCAUUUCGAAAAAAUAUUCGUGGUAAUGAAUGCCACUCCCAAGACGUUCCUUGAAAGCGAGGAAUAG